AUGGUCACGAAAAGGGACGCGCUUUUUUAUCAAAUAUCCACCUUACCGACUAGUUAUGUGCCGAAAAUUGAGGAUUAUCCUUUAAAGCUAGAUGACGGGACUGAAAAACAUAAAAUAUCCGCUUUUAAUGUGCCUCCCGUGCAGAAAAAAGAGGCCAAGUUGUCCCAGUGGGAGUAUUUGGACGCCGAAAAAGUGCAAACGCUGCUCACACUGACCGAUCAAAAGGAAAUUUUCGAGUAUAUUGGAAGAAUGUUUACAAAUGUGGAAAACUUCUGCAGGGUGUUACAGAAUAAGAUGCUGAUCCUUUUUGAUGUAGGUUCAACUCUGAAAAACUACCCAACGGGACGCCCAAAAGACUUUUUCAUCCAACUUCUAUCGGACGUGACCAAAUUCUGCCAAAGUCAAUCGUACGAUCUUGAAAAGGUCGCCUCCGUAUUAUCACAGUUUUAUUUAACUCAUAACUACUUCACCAGCAGCGUGGACGUAUCGGCGGAAAAAGUUUACAUUUAUUUUAAAGAUUUAAUGAUGUGCCACAGUUUGCCCUUUCCUCCAUGCAAGAAGAAAAUAUUCACUUUAAACGAGGCGAGGGAUAUUCUCGAAUUUUUCUGUAGGAUUUACACGAGGAAUCUACCGCUCAUAAAGUACUUGUGCCUGCCCAACUUCGCUUUGUAUCUGAAUUACGAGAUACCUCCUGCCCCUGUUUUCGUCACCAAAGGGAAAAAAGUAACAGGAAAAGAGAAGAAGGAAAAGAAAGGAAAAGGCAAAAAGAAAAAAUAAGACUUUUACUGUACAACUUAUUUAUAUAAUAUAUUACACUAUUUUUCUUC